AUGUCUGGAACCUACAAGCCCACUGAGCACGGAGGCCUUAAGCAGGACGGUACCGAGGACAAGCGUGUCGGUACCGGCCAGUUCGCCCAGGGCCAGGUUGAUCCCCACCAGGCAGGCAAGGAGGGCGGUCACGCCUCUGGCGGCAGCUCUGAGGACACUGGCUCCUCCGGUGGUUCCGGCGGCAACGGACAGUUCGCUGGCGGCAAGGUGGAUCCAUCUGAGGCUGGAAAGAAGGGUGGACAGACUUCCCACUAA